UACUUUCUCAGCAUACAGUGAGUAGCUAGACAUGUCGACUGCGAAGACCUCUUGGGAGGACCUUGCCCGCCUGGGCUGGCCCAUCAACGAAGUUUACAAGAAGGCUAACGCCUGGCGUGGGGGCACUAUGCAUGGCAUAGGGGACCUUUCGCUCAACUCAGGCGUGGCUGCCGAGUACCAGUGGUGGUCCUACAACACGACCAUUGGUGAGCCAUACCUCCUCGGCAGGAAGCCUACCUCGAUUACGCGUGAGGAGACGGCUUGGAGCUAUGACAACACCCACAACAACAGCCCUUUCGAGCAGCAGUGGACUGAAUCGUGGACCAACUCGAGCUCUGCCACUCUCACGGUCGCUAACGCUACUUCCAUUAACCUUAGUAGCCAUAUCACUAUCUAUAACGUCGCCUCUUCUGGUUUUGACAUCUCCGUCUCUACGGAGACCUCGUCAAGCGAGACGAAGGAGUCAUCUUAUAGUGUGUCGAGCACCUGGAACAUGGACGUCGGUGCGGGCGAGAAGCUGACACUUAUCCGCGUCAUCACGACCAACAGCGAAGUCGCCGAGUAUGCACAGGACUUCGGGCUCGAGAAUAUCAGUAGGGUCGGCACCAAGGGUGAUAGGUACAACGGGCAUUAUUACUGGGGCUUGAACCUCAACUCGCUCCUCAACAAUCCUCGUGGACGCUUGAACAUACAGGGGAGCAGCAGGACCGUCACGUACGGCUUCAAGCUCGUGCGCGAGGGCCCCAACGGCCGCACCACGACGCCGCUCCCGGUCGACCUCUACGAGGCGUCCGCCUCCCAGGUCGCCCAGGCUCCAGUCGGCGUCCUUGCCAGCUGGACUAAGACGAUCGAAGAACACGUCGGCACCGCCCCGACGGAGGACAUGGUUCCUGGCACUAAGGAGGAGUAGAUG